AUGCCAAGUGCUGAAUGGAUCAAAGGCGAAAUUUUGACUCAAAGAUACUGUGGAAUCUUCUCGUUGUUCGUAAAUUCUCUGUUAUCAUCUCUUAUAAUUUUUAAAUCCCCGCCAAAACUUGGAAACUACAAAUGGUUGAUGUUGUAUACUUCGCUAUUUGAACUGAUUUAUGCGUUUUUAACUUUGUUUGCUGGUCCACAUGUUCAUACCUAUGGAUCUGGAUUUAUAGUUUUCCAAGAUAUGAAAAAUUAUGAAUACAGUCAUGAGGUCGGAAAAUUCCUGAUAUGGGCUUAUUGUUCUUGUUUUGGUUUCUCGAUGGCAAUGUUUGCUGGUCACUUUAUCUACCGGUACAGCACUAUAGAUUUCAACUUUCGCAAUAAAUAUUUCGCUGGAGCUCGAAAACUUUUCCCAUUUCUUCUUCCAUUUGUAUGCAGCAUUAUUUGGGGAUUUCUAUGCUUUUUCUGUUAUGAUGAGACGCUUCAAAAAAGUUUGUACAUGAGGCAAACUGUAUUAGAAAAUUACGACGUGGAAAUUACUGAAUGCGCUUAUAUCAGUGCCUUGUUUUGGCCUCUUGAUCAAUUUGGAAACAAGAUUGCUGAUUUUAGGUCUUUCGUUGGGGUGGCAGUCAUGCAGAGUAUUGUGGGACUAUCUCUCGGAUGUGUUCUGUACUUUGGUAUCAAAUGUUAUCUCUGGUUAUCUCUCAAAUUGAAAAGCAUUGGUUCCCUUUCGGAUGCAUCCAAAUCUCUUCAAAAACAACUACUUCAAGCACUGGUUAUUCAAACAGCAAUCCCAUUUAUUUUGAUGUAUAUUCCUGCUGGAAUGAUCUUUCUUUUUCCUAUGCUCAAUGUCGAACUUAAUCUGAAAUACCCAGUCGUCACUCAUGCAGUUGCAAUUUAUCCAGCUAUUGAUCCACUGCCAACGAUUUUUAUCAUCAAAAUGUAUCGCCGUGGGUGUAUAGAAUGGAUCAAAAAGUUGACUUGCAUGUCAAAGCUGAAUGUUGGGAAUUAUUUAGUACGAAGGAGUAAUACUGUGAACCCUUGGAGUUCCACAAUGAUGAGCAAUUGA